ACCUCUGACUACUGUGAGGAACCUCAGAGCAUAGGUGACCCUGCCACCAGCACUUUGAACAUUCUCUGGGACCAUGCGGAGGGAAAUCCUCGUCAGUACAAGCUCUUCUAUGCACCACCAGCAGGUAGUCUGGAGGAACUGGUCAUUUUUUCCUGUAGAGAAAAGUGCAUAUUAGUUGCAGCUGUAGAUUGCAAAGUGGAGAUUGAGUUAAUCAGCUUACAGUAGUGCUGAGUGCCAAUCCCUGGGAAUUUCAAUUAUACCAUUCUAGGAAUCUGCAGCCAGAUACCACACACACCAUUACAGUAGUUCCUGUUUAUCCUGAGGGCAAUGGAGGGCAUACACCAGACACUCGAAGGACAUUGGUGAGAGGACUGGCCAGAAAUGUCCAAGUGUACAAUCUGAUGCCGAACAACCUGGACGUUCGCUGGUGGGAAUCUGCCCCGGCAGUGCAGCAGUACCGUGUUCUGUGUUCUCCCCUGGCUGGCAUGAGACCCUCGGAACCUGACCAUGAAGUGGACUGAGGAAUCUGAGUCUCUGGGGAGACAACCAACAGCCUCUCCACACCCUGGGGUCACGUUGAUGGGCCAGUUCAGCAAUACAGGAUCACUUUUUCUCCCACCAUUGGUGACCAGUCAGGGAAUAUGUCGUCCGCACUCUGGUUCUCCUUUCCCAUCCUGGGCCUGAUGUUCAUGGAAUUCUGCAGAGUGCUACUGUUCUUACUGCCUGCUGGAGAAUUUUUGCUUUCCUGGUGUUCAUCUGGAGGACCGUCCUUGCUGAAAAGCCUCAAAAGUAUCAAGUUACUAUAAAGCAGAUAACUGAGAAGAUCAAUAAUUUAAAGAAUGAAAACAGAGAACUUGCAGAAAAUAUAUCCACUUGGGAGCAGAAGACAAAUGAUUCAGAGAAAUGCUUAGAGGAGACCACUAGGCAGAAGAAGAUGCUCUCUGACGAAGCACUUAAGUUUAAGCCAGGCAUUUUGAACACAAGACCUGAGGAUUUGAUGCAGAGAGCUGUGACAACUGAGGAAUGUAACCUGGAAGAACGUGAAGGUGAAGUGCAAGACCACUGUGCUGCAUCGGGAUCUGUGAAACUGGGAGAGGAAGCGAAAUUCCAAAGGCUGGAGCAAAGAAUACACUUCCUUAAAGAAAUUGCUGGACAGUUAAAUAGGAAGCUGGACAUGAAAAGAUGUGAGCUGGUGGAAAAGAAGCAGCUAUUAGCAGUAGAAGAGAAGUUGAAAUUGGCUGAGGAAGAGACACAAAAGUACAAGAGAAGACUUGAAGAAUGCCAAAGGCAAAUGCAGGAAGCAGAGAUCACCUGGAGACACCAGAUCGCUCUUGCUGAGAAGAAGGCCCAAGACAACUGGCUCAGGGCUCAGGAGUUGGAGAGGGAAAAUGCUGAGAUGAGAAGGGAAGUUGCCUACCUGAAACAAAGACUGGAAGCAAUCUCCAGACAGAGGCAGGCAGAGGAAUACAUGAGGCAGGAGGCCAUCCUAGGAGGACCAUACGGGCUGCACCCUCCAUUGACAUGUAAGGAGCACACUGUGAAGUGCAGCAGCUUCAUUUCUGCUGCAAAAGCCGCCCAAUGGGCUUCUUGUCCCCGUGGGUAAUUGUUAGGUUUCCUGGACACCGUACCAUACACUCACUGCAGAGAACAGGUUCUCAGUUGGUUGACAAGAUGCUGUUUUCUUCACAUGCCGCCAGCCAGCAGGGCUCUGUCUCCUGUGAACGGUGGAGCUCAUGCCCCUCCAGGGACUGUGGGCUGCCCUGCAGCCUCUUGGUUGGUUGAUUUGGUUGGUUGCUGUGUACUAGAAGACAUGAGCGUCAGAACCCUCUUCCCAUCUGGAGACAAUGUUGAAGGCUGAAUUAUCCUUUUAUUUCAGAAAAAUAACACGCACAACAUUUUAGAAUGAAGGCAGUAUGUCCUGAUGAGAAAAAAAGUUUCUUCAUUUGCCUUGAAUAUUCUAUUCAAGAUCUGCUUUAAGACAGCAGGCAUCUCUUCACUAAUUUUGCAGGUCCUUUCAUUCUCAUAAAAAAUGUUGCACAGUGAUCUAGAGUAGCCAGUUAGUAAGUAAUAUUACUACGUAAUCUCACUCUUCUAGGGUUGUACAUGUAACCCUAAAAUCUUCCAACAGAGUCUCCAUAGAAUUCACCAGUCUUUUGCCGAUUAUUACAGUAUUAGUCUUUCUAAGGCUGCUUCUUUCAUAAAUAUUUAUGUGACACCUGGUCACUUAUACAAGACAUGUUCUGUCAGACAGAAGGAUUUCAACAGUUUACCAACAGGCUGAGGAGAAAUAGGUGGAGCUCAUGGUCAGGGCUUGUUGAUAUUCUUCCUAUGAAAGACUCUCCUUAUUUUAAUUUUUAACCUAUGUAGAAACUGUGGUUUCACCUGAAGUGUAUUGUGAGUCCCCUGUGUUAGUGUUGAUUUCCAGGGAUUUGAGCCCUGAGCUUCCAUCCAGGUUGAUUAGUUAUGAAAACACCUGAACCAGGGCUCUGUGGUGUCCUCCUCAAGGGUCAGGGGUCCAGUCCCCCUUCGCCCUCGGGGUCACCUGAGACAUGAGGGAGACCUGCGGCCUCUGUGAAGAGACCGGGGAGUGGGCGGGGGUGUGAGCUCCUGGAGGAAGGCAUGAGGGUUUCUGCUUCCUCCACACAGUCUGUCAGAGAGAACAAAACUUCAACACUGCUCGGCUGUGAUCAGACUCAGGACCUGGUGCCGCCCCUGUGAGGAACGGCAGCUCCUUCCCUACUGAGGAGGCCGAGGAGCCCCGGCUAAAUGAUCUUUUUCCAGCUGUGUUCCAGGGGUCAUUUUGUGCUGGAGCUACCUCUGGAAAUACCUGGUUUCUUUUCAACAACCCUCUCCUGGCCUUGCCUCCCGAUUGUUCUGUGAUGUGUCCACCGCAUCGUGACUUUUCAAUUCAAACUCUUCCCCAGGAGCCGGGGGCCCCCCCGCUUCAGGCCGUUGCCUCUGGUGGUGCCUACAAAAGCCAUGAGGGAGGGCUUAGAGGCUGAGGACCGCAGACUCUGAUAGUGUGUUUCUCAAAAUAGCGUGAGGAGGGUGAGCCCUCGCCCCACACUGACUCCUCCUGGCGCAGCUGACUCCUUCCUGGCCCCCUUCACGUGGGCUUGCUCCUGGGUCACAGGCUAUUAUCAUCAUCAUUAUUUUACUCCUUUCCUGGUUCAGGUCAGGUGAUUCUUCUGGUUUAGAAUGUCCAUUCUAAUUUCCGUAACUGAAAAAUGAGAAAAGCCCUCCCUCCAACUUUAUGCCGUGUGCUUUGUGCAACUUCGAAUCUUCCUGGAUGUAGUAAAUGUCACAGCCCACCACUGUCUUUUCUCUGUAGGUAAAUGUGUCUUCCAUGCUCCCUCCAGUUGUACUCUUGGUAGAAAAGCCUGAAUCUCAGAGAUGUUGUAUUUGUGGUAGGGAAUAUAUGCUGGAAGUGAAACAGCCCUCAGUGAAAAUGCCUAACUCCCUGCAGGGCGGAUUCCCACCACAGUCCUCACGUUGUGUUCCCGUAAGCAGGGUCGGUGCUGCCCUGGAAGCCGUCAGAGAUGCUCCUUUAUCUCAUCACACAUCGUGGGAUUUUACACAUGAGCUAAAAUCACUUUUGUAUUAGUGGUGGAAUUUAGACUUCCCACUUUGCUUUUCUGUAGGACAAAUUUAGUCUGUGUUUCCUAGUGAACUUAAAAUUCAGACUUACCUGUGAAUAAAGAUGAAUGUAGCGGAGCCUGACUACCUUCUGAGGACAGCAUCGUCCCCUCAGAAGCACUUUGCCAGCUCCCCCGCAGGACUCCAGGGUGCCCAGCUCCCCAGAGCUCUUUGCACCCAGGGGCAGCCCCUCCAGGGAGGAGAAGAGCCCUUUGUCAGGAGGGAAGCAGAGGAGGGCCGAUCAGGGUCCUGCAGGCAGAGCGAGCACCCAGGUGCGGCUCUGAUUCCGCGUGUAGAGCACGGGGCUCUUCACGCCCUUUCCUUCUCUGUGUUCUUAGUCCACGAAGAGCAAGCUUCCAUGGAGCUGGGGAAGGUGGCGGGGAGGGGGUCCUGCACAGAGAGGCCACCUGUCGGGAAGGUGCUACUGUGUUAGUUUGCUGGAACCUCUGUUCAUCCUCCUCUAGGGCAGGACCCUUGCCUUCCUCCACUUACAGACACAGGCGGUGAUGUGUGGUGACAGUGUUUUAUCCCCGGGGCCUCCUGUGCAGCCCAGGCUGCAGGCAGGCCCCAGAGGGGUGGGCGGAGUGUGUGGGACGGUGCUGCUCCCUGGGAACCUGGUGGAGGGGACGGUGCCAGGUGCUGACAACUGCUGCGUGGGGUUUCAGCUUUGGUUGAUGUUGGUGCUUUGUCUGUCAUCCGACACACCUCUCCCUUCUGUUCUGCGGAUCAAUAUGUAUGCAACUGGGGCCUCAGCAACAGCCACAGCCACCAGUUUCUCUACUUGGUAACAUGAAAGCACAUUCCUCUGUUCCCUUGUUGAGUUGUUGCAGAAGAAGGGGAGGUGUCACUCCAGGGCUUUGCAAUGCCGGGGAAAACCUGACUGAGGACAUUGUAACAUUCCUCUAGUUUCUUAGCACACACAUUUGAUGGACUGUGUCAUUUCCCCAUCCUAAUCUGGAAAGCAGGUGUCUCAUGUAGGGAAAAAAAAUGGUCUUCUGACAGAAGGCAGAAAUAUCAGUUCUGUACAUGUGCCUUCAAUAUAGACCACGUUCUGGGAUCUGGGAGGUAUGAAGCACACCCCGAACUUCAAGGGCUUAAGAUGUUCCUUCAAGGGAUGGGGGUGAGAGAAAGGGAGACAGAGACACUCAUAACAGACAGCUUGUCAUCACCAUAACAGACAUGCCAGUACAGGGCCCCGGAGCACAAAAGUGGGACACGUGAGCCACCCAGGAGUAUACAGGAGGGUGUGGAGGGGAAGGAAGAAAUUGAGGGGGUGCCCAGUGGGGGGUUGUUGGAUUCACGUAGAUGGAGUGGGAAGGCCAUUCCCGGCAGGACGGGCAGUUGGGGUGGGACGUGUGAAGGCAGCAUGAGGGCCUCGCAGAGCCAUGUGUGUGCUCAGGGGACUCAGUGUUUCCGUGCAGGGAUCCCCAUCAGAACCCACCGCUGCCAGAAAUCCCUUGGUUCACAGUGUCAUAUAAAGAUGAUUGUUUCUCUUAGAUUUCUGAAAGUUCUGGAUCUGGGUGAAAGAAAGCUCUGGAUAUCAGAGAAACUGAAACUUAACUUGGUUUACUCAGGAUAUUUUGUGUGGCUGAAGGUUAUUUUUGCCCCAGGGAUUUGAAAAGUGCAGGCAGGAUUUAGAUCAGCUGAGCAGCUGCCUCGGUCUUCAGCAUGAGGCAGGUUCUUUGGGGGAAGUCAGGGGUGAUCAGGGGACCCCCCUGCAGGACCCGUCUCCCCGCACCCCUGCUCCCUCUAGUCACCACCCCGACUGUCAGCUUGGCGUCUGCCACAUUUAUGUCACAAUAUCUGAUUUCUGAUUCUUUGCUUGAAUUCCUACAGUUCAGCCCCUAACACCAAGACUCAGUGGGGCUUCCACAGAGUCUCGGCUUUGUUGUCCGUGAACCAAGGGUAAUAUUGGUUUCUGAUGUCAUUGUGAGGAAGAUCGGGUCAAGCACACAUAUUAUUUUGCAGAAUGACUGGGACAUAUUUCUCACUCAGCAUUCUCAUAGUUUAAAAGAAAACGUCUGCACACAGAAUCAUCAAACGAUAUCCCGGGAAGUACAUCAAUUUAAAAUAAAGAUAAAAAAGCUCAGGCCCAGAGUUUACCGUUCUCUGCUUUAAAGAUAAGGCCAAGAGUCCCUUUCUUCUAUUAAAACUCACGCCCUACUAGUUAAAGAAGGAAAUAUAAGAAUGAGAAUGUGCACAUUCUGAGAUCUGUGUCUGAGAUGUGAAAACAAUUAUUUUCAUUAUAUAUAGACACGGAGAUGCACACAUGAACUACAGUGUCCAUCGGAGGCCAUACGUACAUUUGAGAAGACAAAAUUGGAAAAAAAGAAGAUCCCAUUAAAAUAAAUAAAACUCUCUUUGUCUUCCAGCACAGUCAGUAUGAAAUUUGAAGAGGACCCUGAGCUGCAGCAGUGAUAUAUUUAGAGAAGAUGUCCGAGGUUCAUUAUGGCCCGAAUGUCUCCUUGCUCCAUCCUGCCCCCUCUGCCGUUGUCUCUCCUAUUGUCACCCCUAAUGAACCUGUCACAGGUCUCUCUCUGUGUCAGUGUCUGCAUCCUGGAGUACCAGUGGUCACACCCUCUCGAGGGCUCACAGUAUGAUUCAUGGGCACACAAUUCACAAACCAGCCGAAGCUAGGGUGAUGGGGCAGAUAGAUGCAAGGUUACCCCUUUGGGGCAGCAGUGACUGCAGGGGGGCCCAGGAGAUCCUUCUGAGGCGGUGGACACAGCCUAUGUCUAGAUCCACUGAUGGUUGUUUCUUCAGUCUAUAAACACUCACUGGGCAUGUGAGGCCUGUCGGUCACAGGGGCGUCUGGUCAUGAGAUAGAUGACCAGAAUGCAGUGGCCAUGUCUCAUGGUGAGGAAUGGACAAGGUGCAGGAGUGGCCGCGGGAGUCCACGAGAGGGCCCCGCACUAACCCAGUCUUGUGCCCCUGCCCCACGUGUCAGCUGCCCCAGCAGCCCCAUUUCCAGGCAGACUCUGAGGGGGACUGAAGGCAGCGGUUUUCAUAGUAAGUCCCGUGAGCUGCCUUAAUCCUGUGACAACUUCCUUAUUGUGAAAUGAGCAAGGCAGGGGUCAGUGGUUGGGACACCACCACUGCCAAGGAGAAGGUGUUGGGUAGAAAAAUCUGGCUCCCUUCUGGCCUCCCACACCACUCCCUUGUGCCCCAGCUGCCCCUGGAGCUGUGGGGCCCUCCCUCCUUCCAGCUGGGGGAGGCAGCCAGCCCUGCAGCAGCGCUGUGGUCCAGGCUGGGCCACCAAUAGGUCAAGGUGGGACACUGCUGCCCAGGAAGAGGGGAACAGCAGCGCAGCAGUAAAUGCCAGCAUGAGUAGCCUCUGUAACCAGAUCCUCCACUGUGAGCAGGGCCGGGGCCACAACGCGGCAGUGCAGGCAGUGCAGGUGGGAGGGCCGGGAGAGGUGGGGCCCUGUGGUCCUGGACAGGGCUGGACCGGAGCCCAGGGCUUGAGGGCCUGGUGGGGGAGAGAGAGAAAGAGACAGGCAGGGAGAGAGACAGUGCAUGAGUGACUGAGAGGGAGAGGUGGGGGUCAAAUCCCAGAGAGUGACAGGAGGUGACAGAGGGGGACUGGGUAGGGAGAAGCAGAGACAAGAUGAGGCAAGGAAAGAGGGAGCCAGCCCAGGCUGCAUGGUGGGGAUGAAAGGCCAGGGUGGAGCGACUCUGGGAAGGGGGCUUGGCCCAACCUUCACCAAGUCCCACAGCUGCCACUAUCAGGGCCCCAGGGACCAGCAGCCCAGCCUGACAGGCACCAUCAGCCCUCAGGACGGGGCUGAGAGCCGCGCCCACUGGCCACUUCCCAGGUAAGGAGGACCAGGAGGGCUCCCCCCAGCACCACAGCGGCACCAUCUGUAGCUUCAAAAAGACCCUGUGAGCAGACACCAUCCUGUCCCCAUUUCACAGAAGGGAAACUGAGGUUCAGCUUGCCAGCUGACUUGGCCCUGUCUGCAGGGCUAUUCAAUUUCCUGAUGCUUCUUUCACAGUCAGGCCGGUGCCCCUGUCCUGAGAAGGGAGCCUGUGACAGGCCCGCAGGCCUGGGUCCCACCUGACUGCUCUCCUGUGCUGGGUGACCUGGGUGGGUCUCUUCCCCUCCAUGGGCCUCUACUGUAUGACCGACAGACCUUCUCCCCAGCUUUCAGGGAAGUGGGACCCCAGCAGGCCCACCGCUCCUGGCCUCCCAGGCCCCUGGGCAGGCAUGGGGUGAGCUCUGGCUCUCGUGGGAACUUCUCUAUGUGUGGGGUGAUGGACCACGUACGCUUAUCAUUUUUUAUGGGGUCACAUCCUGCUAUUUCCAUCUAGAAUGGGACUAUCUACCACGGAGCCUGAAACUUGAUUUUCCAGAUUUUUCUAAAUUGGCCCUUGUACAAAAGAGCCGCUCCCCUGGCCAGGAUGACAAACCCAGUCCUGGUGAGGAGGCCUUGGCCCUUCCUACUCCCCUCACCUCGCUGCUGCUGGUCACCCCCAAACUCCAGAGACAUGCCCACCCCCUGGAAUUCCCUGCUCCCCCUCCCCAUGCCAAGCCCAGCCCCUCUCUCCCCACCUUGGAGGCCCCUCCUCCUGAGGGAAAUUGUGGGCUCUUAGGGUCAGGACUCCAAGCCCUGUAUCACAGCAGGGGGCACCCCAGCUGAGUCAUGAGAGGCCUGGAGGCAAGGGUGGGGCUCUGAGCCCCAAGAUGGGCUAUGUAUCCUUCAUCAGGUCACAGCCUCUCAGCCCAGCAUCAUAGCCUCGCAUAGCCCUCUGGACCCACGUGGCCGGGAUGUCACUCACUCACACACUCAGGCUCCAGCCCCUCUCCCCACCCCCAUGCAGGCACUUGCAAGGCACACAUGCACAUACAGGGACAUGUACACACAUAUGCACGGGGAUACACACAGACACUCAUACACACACAAGGACACAAACACAGGCUCACCUGCCCAGCUGCCAGGAUGCCACUUUUUCAUUAUCUUACAUGUCACUGCUGCAAUAAAAUUCUUUAAUUAA